GAGAAAUUAAUCAAAUUGGUUUUCUGAGUCCAUAUACUUAGUAAUACAAUAAUAUUAUCUUAUAGCAUUAGAAAUAUCAAACAACUCGCCUUGUUAUGAAAUGAAUGUUUACAUCGUUUUCACAGUUUGUGAAACGAAAUGCUUCUGCACGUUCUACUUAUAAGGAUUUUAGCUUUUUUUUAGAUUAUUUAGUAAAUCCUUUUCACAAUGGGUUACCGAAUAGCCAUGGUCUCUGACUUUUUCUUUCCCCAACCAGGUGGAAUUGAAUCACACAUUUUUCAGUUAUCUCAGCGACUCAUUGACCUUGGGCAUAAAGUUAUAGUUAUUACUCAUGCAUAUAAAGACCGUGUUGGUGUCCGGUAUCUCACCAAUGGCUUAACAGCCUAUUAUGUUCCUCUUCAUACUGUAUACCGUGAAACUACGUUUCCCUCUUUUUUUUACUUCUUCCCUAUCUUCCGAAAUAUUAUAAUCCGAGAACAAAUUGAAAUCAUACACGGACAUGGAAGUUUGUCGUUUUUAUGUCAUGAUGCCAUUCUUCAUGGAAGAACUAUGGGUUUAAAAACAUGCUUUACUGAUCAUUCUCUAUUUGGGUUUGCUGAUGCAGGAAGUAUAAUUACCAAUAAGCUCCUAAAGUUCACAAUGAGUGAUAUUGAUCAUGUUAUUUGUGUUUCUCACACAUGUCGAGAAAACACCGUCCUACGUGCUGUCCUGAAUCCACAAAAAGUUUCGGUUAUUCCAAAUGCAUUAGUACCUGAAAAUUUCAAGCCAGAUCCUUCAAAAGCUUCUAAAGAAUACUUGACCAUCGUCGUAAUUUCAAGGUUGUACUAUAACAAAGGAAUUGAUCUUUUGAUUGCCAUUAUUCCUAAAAUUUGUGCGGAAUUCCGCAAGGUUCGAUUUGUAAUUGCAGGAGAUGGGCCCAAAGCAAUUGAUCUUGAACAAAUGCGUGAAAAGUAUAUGCUGCAAGAUAGAGUGGAAAUGUUAGGAUCAGUAAGGCAUGACCAAGUCCGGGAUGUUAUGGUGCGCGGACAUAUUUACUUACACCCAAGUUUAACUGAAGCGUUCGGAACCGUAUUGGUGGAAGCGGCAAGCUGUGGUUUGUACGUUAUUUCCACAAAAGUUGGUGGUGUUCCUGAAGUCCUGCCUUCUCAUAUGACCAGAUUUGCCAGACCCGAGGAAGAUGAUUUGGCUCGGACAUUGUCAAAUGCUAUUUCUGAUUACCUGAACAAUAAGAUUCAGACGGUAAACUUCCACGAUGAGGUUAAAGAAAUGUAUUCAUGGAUUGACGUUGCAGAAAGGACUGAAAAGGUCUAUGACAGUAUAUGCGCAGAGCCUAAUCUGCGUCUUAUUAAUCGUCUAAAACUUUACUAUGGUUGUGGUCAAUGGGCUGGUAAAUUAUUUUGUAUAUUAAUAACGUUGGACUAUUUAGUUAUGAUGCUCUUACAUUGGAUUUGGCCGGCUUCGGACAUUGAUCUUGCAGUGGACCGACCGCCUGUUUCUCUUCCUUUGCAAGAUGAAAUGGAGAUGCCCGACUUAAAAAGAUCUACAAACAAUAAAUCAUCAUCCGACAAAUUCUGCUAAUUCUUUCUGAGUUACUUUAUACUUCAUGCGUUCAAAUAAUAAUAAUAAUAAUUAUUAUAUAUGAAUCGGAAGAGACAUUCAUAAUUCGUUCA